CGGAAUACGUCAUUACGUCACGCCAAACAUGGCUUCCGCGAGAGAGGCAAAAAUAAAACAGCGAUGAUAUUGAGGCUAAUUCUCAUUUAAUUUGGACUAAAACCUCAACAUGUCGGAGUCUUUAGAAACUAAAAGUGUGGAGGAGCGACAGGAGCGUCUGCGGGAGCUGAAAGAGUUCACAGAGGACUGUAAAGAGAAGCUGAACCUUAUAUUUGAGAGGCUGGGAUGGACGCUGGACUACAAACAGGAACCAAUGGAGCAGUGCCCCUACGAUUCCCACCACCGAGUCCCAGCGAGGAGCAUGGAGAAACACAAAGCCUCCUGCAGCCUCCGGAAGAUGGGCUACACCGUUGAAGAAGAGGCGGGGAUGUUGGAUCCUUCUGUGUGUUAUGAGAACUCAACGGUCAGAAGCUUUACGAUGGACAAAUCCGCCCAGCAACAGGUGAUCCUGCAGGCCAGGUCUGCUGCACCACUCAUGAAGAUGGAAGGAGUCUUCUGGCAAGGUCAGUACUCCGGGCAGCCUGUGGACGUUCCUCAGAAUCACAAGCGUGCGGUGUGUGACCUCACGGUGGCCGACCGAUUGGCUCUCUACGAUCACGUCAUCAGCGUCCUCAACCAGCAGAGGGAGGCGGCCUCCUCCAACAACGAGGACCUUUACGUAGACUUGGUUUCCAAACUCCAGAAGAAUGACGAUCAAAACGAACCAAAGACUCACCUGGAGCUGAUGGCAGAGAUGAGAGACUACAAGAGGCGGCGCCAGUCUUACCGAGCCAAGAACGUACACAUCACCAAGAAAUCCUACACUGAGGUGAUCAGAGAGGUGAUCAGCGUCCACUCAGAGGAGCUCACCAGACAGUGGAGAGAAGAGGAGGGCGAGGGGGAGUCGGCCAGAUCUGAACCCUCCUCCCACAGGCGUCGGCUGGAUGAAAGACGGUCGGCUUCAUUGGAGUCUCGCCACUCGCACAGCAGACGCCAUCGCAGCCGGGAACGAAGCCAAGACAGAGAGAGCAAGAAGAAGAGGAAGAAGAGGGAGAGGGAUUCCCGCUCCCCUGACGGCCACCAUCACCACGACCGAAAGAAGAAGAAAAAGAGGAAGAAAGAGGAGAAGGAGAAGUGAGACAGCGGGGUCAGCAACAACAGGAGUCAAGGGCAUCGUAGCCUACAGGUCCAUCAGUGUGGCGUGGGAGCACAUCAUAUCAGCAUGUCUCCGUGCUUUAAUGUUCAGAAAGCUUUUCAUGUUUCUGAUACUGCCUGUGCUGCAGCAUCUCUGUUCACCCUCUGUCUGAAACCAGAUUCCAGUCUGCUGUCCGGCUCUGUUGUGAUUGGUCCCGCCCCUCAUUUAAGAGUCUUAAUAGAGUGGUGCAGAAACAAGUCCAAACACCCGGGGAUAUGCACCUUUGCAGAACAUAUAAAUGUAUAUACCACACUACAGGAAAGAGAAAAGUCAAUAAGAAGAUUCUGGAAAGAAAUUGAUGGGAAUAAAGUUUUUGGAACAUCAA